CCCCCAAAAAGACUGAUAGUGAAGGAGACAGUGUGUGCAUGUGUGUGUGCGUGUGUGUGUAUGACAGAGAGCGGGACAGCAACAGAUAGACAGAGUUGAUCUCAGGAUGCCUGCAUACGCCACCAACAUGAGGCUGAAAUUCCCCAUUGUGGCCUUAAUUUUGGAGAUUAUCACCAUCAUCCUGUUUGCUGUGUUUGUGGUCUAUGAUGACGGCGAAGGUCACGGACACGAUGGGGACCACUCCAACUCCACGCACCACACCCCGCAGGAACCUAUGGCCCUCUAUCCCAUGUUUCAGGAUGUCCAUGUAAUGAUCUUCAUCGGCUUUGGGUUCCUGAUGACCUUCCUGAAGCGGUACGGGUUCAGCAGCGUGGGCGUCAACCUGCUCCUGGCUGCCUUCGGACUGCAGUGGGGCCUCCUCAUGCAGGGCGUCUGGCACUUGACUGAUGGCAAAAUCAAAGUCAGCAUCUUCAAAAUAAUUAAUGCAGACUUCAGCACGGCGACAGUUCUGAUCUCCUUUGGGGCAGUUCUGGGUAAAACCAGCCCGGUCCAGCUCCUCAUCAUGACCAUCAUGGAGAUCACCAUCUUCUCCAUCAAUGAGCACCUGGUGGCUAAUGUCCUUGGAGCUAAUGAUAUUGGAGCCUCCAUGAUCAUCCAUGCCUACGGUGCCUACUUUGGCCUGGCAGUGGCUCGGAUGCUUUACCGACCUGGUCUAAGAAACGGACAUGAGAACGAUGGAUCUGUUUAUCAUUCUGAUCUGUUUGCCAUGAUUGGGACUGUCUUCUUGUGGAUGUUCUGGCCCAGUUUUAACUCAGCCAUCGCUGAUCCAGGCUUUACCCAGCUCACGGCAGUCAUCAACACCUACCUCUCUCUGGCUGCAUGUGUGCUCUCUGCCUACGCCAUCUCCAGCCUGGUGGAGCACAAAGGAAAACUGGACAUGGUCCACAUCCAGAAUGCCACCUUGGCUGGAGGUGUCGCCGUGGGAACAUGUGCUGACAUGAACAUCGGGCCAUUCGGGGCUAUGUUGAUUGGAUUUGUGGCUGGCAUCAUCUCCACCCUGGGCUUCAAAUACCUAACUCCCAUCCUGGCAUCCAACCUGGGCAUCCAGGAUACCUGUGGUGUGCACAAUCUGCACGGCAUGCCUGGCAUCCUGGGCGGCCUGGCUGGCAUUGUGGCUGUAGCUUUGGGGAAAAAGAAGAACGGCGAUGCUGCCAUGCAAGCUGCUGCCUCCUCAUCCCUUGGAUUCGCCUUGGUUGGAGGUGCUGUUACAGGUUUGAUAAUGAAGCUGCCAUUCUGGGGACAGCCUCCAGACCAGAACUGCUUCGAUGAUUCUAUUUACUGGGAGGUUCCUGAGGAGGAGGAGGAGAACGAGGAGAGCUUGGCUCAUGCAGACCACUCCAAGAACAAGGCAGAGGUUUAAGGAUCUGCCUCCUGUCUGCAUCAACCACAGAUGAAGAAGUGAACCGUCAUUAACUAGUUAAACAAAAGCCAACAGUAUUCGCCUAUCAGUUGCAUUGCUGUAUUCAAAAUUCAAAUGGAUUUACUUGACCAGUAGAAAAAAAAAGAAAAAGAUUUUGGGUCAAAUUUGAAAUGUUAUGUGAAUAUUGGUAUCCAUACUUACACAUUUCUUCACAGCCACAAUUAUCAGAGAAACUGCUCCAUGCAUUUACAUAUAACCUAAUUAUUUUUCAGCAUAAAUAGCUCCAAUUUUAGAUUUGGAGGUGGUCAGUGAAUGCAUCAUCGGUAGCACUGAACAUGGUUGGAAUAGCUGCCACGAUGAGAAAGGUUUACACAAACAAGUCACCACCAUAGCAGACUUACAGCAUAUCACUAAUCUCACAUCAAAAUAGAAUUAAGACUUGGAUUACGUCAUUAGACCAGCAACUUUCAGGGAUAUUUUUUUUUCUUCGUUUUUUUUUUGUACACUGAAUUUUGUGACCAGUAAUUGUCAACAGUCAUGAGCCACUGUAGAAAAACCACAGGCCACACAAGUUGCUUCACCGCUGACACCCACCUGCUUCAAUAAGCCGCGUCUCUGUCUUCAUUUUAUAUAUUAUCAAAAAGUGUAAAAGCAUGUUUUAGACCAUUAGCAUAGGGUAUAUGUCCUUUAUACAUUAUUUUAUAUUUCCACACAACUGACAUGAUAUCUGUGCUGAGCCUCAGAUCAUAGAGAGUCCAGGACUAGAGCUGUGAUCCGCUGUGAGGUUUCUUCACUGGAGCCCGUGUCGUCCUCCUGCGAGGGCCCAGAGCCACGGGCAGGGAUAGUCGCCUAAUAAUCUUAUAACUAAUGAACCUUAAAGUGUCUAAUUUUCUCAGAAUAUUCUCUACCCACCUGACGCUGUACAACCUCUUCAGUCUGAUGAGGGUCAAAUUCAGAGCUUUUGAUUUGGCUGGGCACUGUGGGCAAGCUAAGGUUCAUCUUUUCUUUCUGUACUCUUAUUCACAUCCUGUGUAUCCUCAAAUGUACAGUUUAGUUUUGAUUGACAAAGUCAGUUUGAUUGAAUCCCUGCUGUGUAAAGGAAGAGCAGUUGGUACUGAAUAUGCUCCAGGGCUUUUAAAAGCAAAUGCUUUGAAAACUCACACACUUGUUAAAAAGGGAAAAAAAUCCUUAACAGGCCAACUGAUGCAGAAUAGGACUGAUGGGAAUUUGCACCACAU